AGUAAUAUUUUGAUAAUGCAAGGGUAUAUUCCGGUAUAUUUUAUCGAUAAUUCCGCGAUCGCACUGCCUCCAAUUCAUGCCUGCAUUUACAGUUAUUCCGCGAUCAGCUACUCAACGAGCAUGGAAAAUGAGAAUAUGGCAUUUUUAAUGGAGGCGGGAGUUCUGCCUCGACUCGUGGACAUUUUGAAGCAGUUAAUGAACAUCGAGCCGCAGCCAGUGGAUCCUUUGAUGUACUUGCUCCAUCAGCUGGACUGCCCCCUUAUUCCGCAGGCCCAAAUGAAGGCCCUGGAGCGCAAGGUAACGCGCGCCCACGACGAGUUGCGUUACUUGCGCGACCUUUUAAUAGAUCUGGGCGCCGACGAGGAGCUGUAUGACAGCGAGACGGACGAAGAGGAGUAUGUGGGCUGCGUUAAGGGUCAGAUUUGUGACCCAAACGACUUGGAGGAGUAUGGCUAUAGGGAGGAAGAGGCGGACAAUGAAAAUGACGAUGACGAGGACACUCCUGAUGGCAGCAAGGCCGAAGCAAACUCAUUCGAAUCGCAACAAUCGCAGCAGCCGCGGCAGUACAUGGUUCGGGCCGCUGUGGCGAUGCCUCCUGUCGAUCAGGAUGAACGGGCUGGGACCUGCGAGCAGCCCUGCUCCAGACGAUCCAUCUGCCACGACUCACAGUAGUUUGUUAUUCAACUAAAUCCUACAAUUUUAUGUACACGUACAUACAUAACUGUUUCAACGCAUGUGGUGUGUGCACUCUUCGUAUUUUCUGCAAUCGUGUUUAAGUAAUGUAUUUUGUGACCCUUUUAUGGAGGAUUAUCAAUAAACUCAACACCUGGUCCGUUGCAUCCAUAGAGUGUA